CCAUAUUGGACAUUGUAGUUUUGGAAAAGCGGUACUGAUCAGAACUUGAAACCCGUGUAGUCCGUGUUUCCGGAACCGAUUAAUCCGGAAAAGUGUACCGUUCGUGUCCAAAACCCGCACCAAAAGUGAACCCGAGUUCCGGCGAACCGAGUGAGCAUCGUUUGACCCCCGCAGGAUGGCUUCCGACGAUGAAAUUGACGAAUCCCUUGCCGGUGAGGAGGAAACCGCACUGGAUGAAACCGGAGCCGAUGAGUCCCUGGCCGCGGAAGAGGACAACUCCGAUGACGAAACGCUGAAGAACCUCUCGCAGGCGCAGGACGAGGACGACGACUACGAACCGGAGGAAAGCCGCGGCAGCAGCAGCAAGAAGAGUAAGAAGGGCAAAAAGCGCAAGGCCCGCGGCGAGGAGAAGAGCAAGGCCCGCAAGAAGAAGAAGAGGAAGAAGAAUGACAGCGAGGACGAAGAAGAGCUGCGUCAGAGCGAUGAGGCUGCAGCCGAUUCGGACUACGAUAGACCGAAGCGGAGCGGUCGGGACAAGAAGAAGGGUAAGGAAGAAAAGAAAGAGGCGAAGCAGAGCGGAGGCGAUUACAACAACAUGCCCUCGAUUGAGGAGGUUUGCGCGACAUUUGAUUUGACCGAUGUGAAGAUUGAAUAUACGGAGGAAGACUACGAGAAUUUGGUAACCUAUAAGGCGUUCCAUUCACAUGUGCGUCCGAUACUGGCGAAGGAGAAUCCAAAGGUCCCGAUGUCGAAAUUGAUGAUGCUGGUGGCAGCCAAAUGGCGCGAGUUUAGCGAAGAAAAUCCUAAUCUGCAGAACGAAGAAGAGGAGAAGGCAGAGGAGGAAGAAGAGGCACCACCAUCGCCGGAAUACGUUCCCAAGUCUAGCCGGUCCAGAACCAAAACCGAGAAGCGCGACGACGAUAUGAUAUACGACGAUGACGAUGAUGAUGAUGAGGAAGAGCUUGAACGCGAGAGAAGUCGCAAGAAGGGAAAGAAGAGCAGCAGUUCGAGCGCCAAAAAGAAGAAGUCCAAAGUGGUACCAACUCUGAAGAUAAAAUUCGGCAAGCGGCGAAAUGCCAGCUCAGAUGAGGAACCGGAAGCUAGUGGCGGGUCAGAUCGUGAUUCGGAUGCAGAGUUUGAGAAGAUGCUGCAACAGUCAGAAACUAAAGAAGGCCCAAAGAAAGGCUCGAAGAAAGAUAAGGACAAGGAGAAGGAUACUGACGCGGAUGCUGGCAAAAGUGGAGAGCCAGCGGUCAAAAAGAAGGCCAAAGUUAAAAUGGGAAUAGGUCAAAAGGCUAAGAAAAAGGGCAAAGGUAAAAAGAGUAAGUUCCCUGAUGGCCCUGACGGCGAACAACAGCAUCAAGAUUAUUGUGAAGUUUGUCAACAAGGUGGAGAGAUCAUCCUAUGCGAUACUUGUCCUAAAGCGUACCAUUUGGUUUGCUUGGACCCCGAGCUGGAAGACACCCCGGAAGGUCGUUGGUCUUGUCCGACUUGCGAAACCGAAGGUCCGGUGGAUGACGAAGAUGACGAGCAUCAAGAGUUUUGUCGCAUUUGCAAAGAUGGAGGAGAAUUACUUUGCUGCGAAAGUUGCCCGUCAGCUUAUCAUACGUUCUGUUUGACUCCCCCAUUGGAUGAAAUCCCGGACGAAGAUUGGCGCUGUCCACGAUGUAGCUGUCCUGCGUUGCCGUACAAGGUUCAGAAGAUUUUAACGUGGCGUUGGACCGACAAACCUCUAGACCCGAAUGAACCUUCGACAUCGAAGGCAACUCCAACGCGGCGUCGAGAGUAUUUCGUCAAAUUCAAUGAAAUGUCCUACUGGCAUUGCGACUGGGUUACUGAAAUGCAGCUAGAUGUGUACCAUCCGUUGAUGUUCCGUUACUACACCAGAAAGUACGAUAUGGAAGAACCUCCUAAGCUGGAGGAAGCAUUGGAUGAAGAUGACAACCGAUACAAGCGUAUGAUGAAAAUGCGUGAAGGUUGUGCGGAACAGGAUGAGGCCGAGUUGGAGGAAAAGUUCUACAAAUAUGGCGUGAAGCCCGAAUGGUUGAUGGUACAUCGUGUAAUCAAUCACCGGACGAUGCGCGAUGGUCGGACUUUGUACUUGGUCAAAUGGCGUGAAUUGCCCUACGAGGCGGCUACUUGGGAGGAAGAGGAUGAUGACAUUCCCGCUAUGAAAAAUUCCAUCGAGUACUAUAUGGAUUUGAGGGCGCACUGUUUCAACGAAAUCAACAAUAGCAGUGGCAGCAAGAAAAACAAGAAGAAGGGAAGGAAAUCUCGUGCUCGAGAUCUGGACGAAGAUCAACCGCGUAAAUACGUUCCACCUCCGGAGAAACCAACCGUCGAUUUAAAACGCAAAUUUGAAGUUCAACCGCAGUACUUGAAUGACACAGGAAUGCAACUGCAUCCCUACCAGCUGGAGGGAAUAAACUGGCUGCGUUACUCCUGGGCUAAUGAUACUGACACAAUUCUGGCCGACGAAAUGGGUUUGGGAAAAACCAUCCAAACUGCCACUUUCUUGUACUCGCUGUACAAAGAAGGUCACUGUAAGGGUCCGUUCCUGGUAGCCGUCCCACUGUCCACUAUCAUCAAUUGGGAGCGUGAGUUUGAAACCUGGGCCCCGGAUCUAUAUUGCAUCACGUACGUCGGAGACAAAGAUUCGCGUGCCAUCAUCCGAGAGCAUGAAUUGUCAUUCGAGGAAGGUGCCGUCCGGGGAGGUCGCGCUUCCAAAAUCCGUUCCAGUACCAUCAAGUUCAACGUACUGCUGACCAGCUACGAGAUGAUUUCGAUGGAUGCCGCCUGUUUGGGUUCGAUCGAGUGGGCCGCUUUGGUUGUUGACGAAGCUCAUCGGCUUAAAUCGAACCAGAGCAAGUUCUUUAAAAUGCUGGCCAACUACAACAUUGCAUAUAAGCUUCUGCUGACCGGUACUCCGCUACAAAACAAUCUGGAGGAACUGUUCCAUUUGCUGAACUUCUUGAACAAGGACAAAUUCAACGAUCUAAGUACUUUCCAGAAUGAGUUCGCCGAUAUUAGCAAAGAAGAUCAGGUGAAAAAAUUGCAUGAACUUCUCGGACCUCACAUGCUGCGUCGUCUCAAGGCGGACGUGCUGAAAAAUAUGCCUACCAAGUCCGAGUUUAUCGUGCGGGUGGAUCUUUCGCCGCUGCAGAAAAAGUUCUACAAGUAUAUCCUGACCCGUAACUUCGAGGCUCUGAAUCCGAGGGGUGGCGGUGGGGCUUGCUCCUUGAUCAACAUCAUGAUGGAUCUGAAAAAGUGCUGCAACCAUCCGUACCUGUUCCAGGCGGCAGUAGACGAGGCACCGCUAGCACCCGGUGGAAACUACGAACUUACCGCACUAACAAAGGCUGCCGGUAAGCUGGUGUUGCUAGAGAAAAUGUUGAAGGUUCUGAAGGAGCAAGGCCAUAGGGUGCUGAUUUUCUCGCAGAUGACAAAGAUGUUGGACAUUAUGGAGGAUUUCCUGGAGGGAUUGCAGUACAAGUAUGAGCGUAUCGAUGGUGGAAUUACGGGAACACUGCGACAGGAAGCUAUCGAUCGUUUCAAUGCUCCCGGAGCUCCACAGUUUUGUUUCCUUCUCUCGACAAAAGCUGGCGGUUUGGGAAUCAAUUUGGCCACUGCUGACACCGUUAUCAUUUAUGAUUCGGAUUGGAAUCCGCACAACGAUAUUCAAGCGUUUUCGCGUGCCCAUCGUAUCGGUCAGGCUAACAAAGUCAUGAUCUAUCGGUUUGUAACGAGGAACUCGGUUGAGGAACGUGUUACCCAGGUUGCUAAGAGGAAAAUGAUGUUGACCCAUUUGGUGGUACGUCCUGGAAUGGGUGGUAAGGGUGCAAACUUCACCAAACAAGAGUUGGAUGAUAUUUUGCGUUUCGGUACCGAGGAGUUGUUCAAGGAAGAUGGUAAAGACGAAGAAGCUAUUGUGUACGAUGAUAAAGCUGUAGCUGAAUUGUUGGAUCGCUCUAACAAGGGAGUGGAGGAAAAGGAAAACUGGGCCAAUGAUUAUCUGUCGUCGUUCAAGGUUGCUUCGUAUUCGACUAAAGAAGAGGUAGAGGAGGAAGUGGAUACUGAAAUCAUCAAACAGGAAGCGGAAAAUUCUGAUCCGGCUUAUUGGGUUAAAUUGUUGCGACAUCACUACGAACAACAUCAAGAAGAUUUGUCUCGCACGCUGGGCAAAGGAAAACGUGUCCGCAAGCAAGUCAACUACACCGAUGGUGGCGUUGUCCAGGCUGAUCCAAUCAAGGAAGAUUCGACCUGGCAGGAGAAUGUGUCCGAUUAUAAUUCUGAUUAUUCGGGUAACUCCGAUGAGGACGGCGAAGGUGAGGAUGAUGAGGGCGAUUUGAGCCGACGCAGUAAGAGAAGGUUGGAGCGCAAGGAAGCUGAAAGGGACAAUCGUCCUCUUCCACCGCUGUUGGCCCGUGUUGGAGGAAACAUCGAGGUUUUGGGUUUCAAUGCACGACAACGCAAGAGCUUCUUGAAUGCCGUUAUGCGAUACGGAAUGCCACCGCAAGAUGCUUUCAAUUCCCAAUGGUUGGUCCGUGAUUUGCGUGGUAAAUCGGAACGCAACUUCAAGGCCUAUGUUUCCCUGUUUAUGCGACAUUUAUGUGAACCUGGGGCGGACAACGCUGAAACCUUUGCCGAUGGCGUUCCGAGAGAAGGCCUAAGCAGACAGCAUGUGUUGACUCGAAUUGGAGUGAUGUCACUUAUCCGGCGGAAGGUACAAGAAUUUGAACACAUCAAUGGAUACUACAGCAUGCCAGAACUGAUCAAAAAACCAUGUGAGCCGGUUAAAAACGCUGCUGGUGAGGGAACGAGCGAGACACCAAAGUCUGCAACGACGAGCACUAGUGCUACACCAGCUACCAGUGCUGCUCCAAGUCCAGCCCCAACGGCCAACGCCGAAAAAGACGAUGAAACCAGCACCAGCACUGAAGAUAAAGAAAAGAAAGAGGCUGCAACUGAUGGAAAAGAAUCGACUGAUGCAAAGAAAGAAGCGAGUGAACCAACAGCAGAAGGAGAAAAGAAGUCUGAAGACGUCAAAAAAGAAGAGAAGUCUGAUGAUAAAACAGAUGAAGACAAGAAGGAGAAGUCUGAAGAAGGUGAGGUGAAGAAAGAAGGAGAAAGCUCAGAAGAAAAGAAACCUGAAACUAGUGAAUCAAAAUCGGAAGCUGAAAAAGAAGAAGCCAAGGUUGAUAAGCCAAAAGAAGAGGAUGCGAAGUCCGAAACUCCGGCUCCAGUCGAGAAGCAGAAGGAAGAGGAUGAUGAUUGUAAAAUCGAAGAGAAAAAAGAAGACAAACCUAUUGCUAUUGAUGACGAUGAUGACGAUGUGGUCAUUGUUAAAGACGAUGAUGAAGAUAUUAAAAAGCCCACUAAGGCAGAACCGAUCGAGGUGCAUAAACGACAGUUUAUGUUCAACAUUGCAGAUGGAGGAUUCACUGAACUUCAUACUUUGUGGAUUAACGAAGAAAAGGCUGCCGUUCCUGGUCGAGAAUAUGAAAUCUGGCAUCGACGUCACGAUUACUGGCUUUUGGCCGGUAUCGUUACGCAUGGCUAUGGUCGCUGGCAAGAUAUGCAAAAUGAUAUUCGGUUUUCCAUCAUUAACGAACCUUUCAAGAUGGAUGUUGGCAAAGGUAACUUUUUGGAAAUCAAAAAUAAAUUCCUUGCACGUCGCUUCAAACUGCUGGAACAGUCGCUGGUCAUCGAAGAACAACUACGGCGAGCUGCCAUCCUCAAUCUUGCCCAAGACGCCAGCCAUCCAUCGAUGGCAUUGAAUGCUCGUUUCUCGGAAGUGGAAUGCCUUGCCGAGUCACACCAGCAUCUGAGUAAGGAAUCUCUUGCUGGAAAUAAACCAGCUAAUGCCGUCCUCCAUAAGGUGUUGAACCAACUGGAAGAGCUGCUCUCGGACAUGAAGAGUGAUGUUUCACGCUUGCCAGCUACCCUAGCUCGUAUUCCACCUGUAGCACAGAGGCUGCAAAUGUCCGAGCGAUCUAUCUUGUCGCGAUUGGCCGCUACUGGAAAUUCAGUCCAACCUAACCCUCCCCUGGCUCAGUUUCCUGCUGGUUUCCAAGGCUCCACGCUGCCAGCAUUCGCUGGUACUCCGCCGGCUAACUUCGGAAACUUCCGGCCUACAUUCUCGGUGCCCGGUCAGCAGUCCAUCAGCUACCCGAGUAGUUCGGGGACUUCCAAGUAGGGUAACCCUCAGGUAGUUUCCGACGUAGCAGGUAUUCUUUGAAACAAACAACAAAGUAGAUGUAAUUAUCAUGUCAUUUUGAAUGUUCCCCUUUCAUCCCCUUCCCAAUUUUAGUAUUAUGAUCCUGUAGUAAGCAAAAGGAAGCGUUUCCUUGAACUUCCUACUUUGUCCUUCCCAAAACCUAGCAUCCCCACUCUUUGAGGGGUGUGUUUUAAGUUUCUCCAAAAACGCCCUUACAAAUCAAACAACUUAUUCUGUAAAGAAUUUUUAUUUAUAAACUUACAACAACCAAGCAAAAAACAAACUCCCAAACGAGCAAAGCAAAAUAUUUUACAGUUAAUGUCAACAAUGGUCACCAAUUAUCUGCACUGCAGUUUACAUUACGUUUUACAGUACAGCCUAGGAGUGAUACUAAAAUAUUCUUUAAUAAAAAUCAACCCAUAAUUAUAUGAAAUGGUAACGACAGUUUCCAAGUAAGGAAUCAAACAACAAAAAAAAGUAAUAAAAGUGUAAAAAUUAAAAAAAA